CUUCCCUCGCGGUCUCUCCAGUCCACAUCCAAAGUAUUGGUGGCAAGGAGCUUGCGCAAUAAACCUUAAAGAUAUAGCGCGCCAACCUGGGUAUCAUUGAAGAUGUCAACUUCUGAAGCUCACAGGACACUGAAGCGCUCCCGUCGUGAUGAUAAUGAAUCUACGUCAACGGGCGGGGCUUCCGGUAUUCAUCAUAAUGGCGCAAAGGUGAAGCGCGAACAAAGUCCGACGCCUCCGCCUCCACAACGGAAGUUGGUCAUGUCCGGGACAAAGCGCUUUGCCCCCUUUCCCUCGAACUGUUUGCCUCCGAAUCCUGGGUACAAGCAGCAUCGAAGGACAUGGUCCAAGAAGUGUCAAAGUGAAAUUGAGGCUUUGAAGCUUCAAACGGAGAAGCUUCUCAUCAGAGAUGAUGGCGUAAUAGUCGACUGGUGAGCCAUAUGUAUCAUGUGAAGCGAUUGGCAUUGGACAUACUGUGAUAGGAAGAGCCCGGUUCCAGUUUGGUCAGACACAUUGCGACCAGUCGAGCUUGAUCUUGCUGCUGCGAUCACACUUGCGCAUCAAGCAAAUGCCCAACAGCGCAAUGCUUCUCUUCACCACACACCCGAAACCCCCUCUCAGUCGGCAGUAUCACUUCCGGUCACUGGUGUUGAUGA